AUGGAGCUGGAAGAUGUUUCGUUGUGUGAUUUGCCUUUUGAAUUGCUUGAAAUUAUUUUUGAAUAUUUAAGCAAAGAAGACUUGAAAGUGUUGAUAAAUUUUUGUAAUCGGCUUCGAGAUGUUAUCAUCGCUUCGUCAAUCACAAUGCGAAAGCUCAAACUAACAUUAAAUGAGGAUUGGAUGGAGAAUCAGAAUUUUGUUGAGAAAUCUGGAAAGUUUGUCAAGAUUCUCGAUUUUGAUUAUUGCAACUUUGAAGUGCCCGAAGAAUUUCUGGGAUUGAUAAAACUAAUGAGAAACAUCGAAAGCUUAAAACUUGCGAAUAUUCAUCUAAAUGCCGAAAUUUUCAAUAAGAAAUUUAAGAUUCUCGCUAUAAAACUAAACAAAUUGAUGAGAUUAGACUUGGACAACUCACAAGCAGUUGGAAAACUUGUUCGGCUUUACCUGAAGAAACUUCAAGUGAAGCAUCUGCGGUUGGAUUUUUCUCAUUACAACGUCACCGAUGAGUUUGUCAAACUUUUGUGGUCGCAACAAACUUUGGACACUUUGGAACUUUCGGGAUUCAACAACAUCUUGUAUCAGUCACUUUUUAAACACAACAUCAGUUACAUGAUUCGUUUUCCACUCAAACGACUCAUCUUGAAUCAUCGAGUGACUUACAAUGAGUUUUAUUUGGAAUUCUUUAAAGUUCUCGUUUCAUUGGAAUCUUUGGAAGUUUACAAAGAAGUUGAAACACAAGAAUUCUUCAAUGUUGUCUUCGCGAUGGAAAAUCUCAGAUCUUUGGCACUUUCAACAAACUUUGUGACUUUAAAGAACAUCGACUUUAAAAAAGUUGGAAACUCAAAGAUAGAAGAGCUGAUUUUAGUCACAAGAAAUCAAUACGGAAUCGAGCAGACGAUCAACUACUUAGCCAUGAAACUUCUCAUGUUAAGAAAGCUUAAAGUUGUUAACAUUAAAACAGAUUCAUCCGAUCAAAUGUUGGCGUUCGUCCAUCUGAAAAAGCUUGAAAGUCUUCACAUCGAUAACUCUAAAGUGAAAUUUCUACAAAAUAUAAAACUUGAUAAUCUUCAAAGUCUUCAUUUAACAAACAUUCAUCCAUUCUUAAAGUUUGAAGAUUGGGAAAACUUUUUCAAAAACAAUCCGAAAAUUUCAACUUUGAUUUUAUCGCACUUUGAAGUUUAUUACGUGAUUGAAACUAUAAAAUCUGAAAUCGAUAAAAUCAUUUACAAUCUACAUUACAUUGAGAAAAGUUUAAAGCAUCUUGAAAUUUAUCAAGAGUUGAGAUAUCAAAAGCCAAUGAAAGUUUACAUUGACAUUGGAAAAGAUGACAAAAUUAUGAAAGUUUCCGACUCAUUCAUUAAAAUUUGUCGUGAAGAGUUUCAUUUGCUUAGGAAAAUGAAGGGAGGAUUAAAUUUGAGUUACUAUGCAGACGAAUACUUUGAGAUUAAUAACAAAUAUCUGAAAUAG